AUGGAACCCACCGCCAAACGGUCGUCCCUUGACAACGCAGAGAAAGCUUCGACCCAUGUGGCCUCCGCAGCGGAAAUGCAGCUCGACCCAGCCGUCAUCAAGAAAUUGAAGUUCAAGGCGGACUUUAUCCUCCUUCCGAUCCUGACGAUCGCGUACCUGCUCAAUUCUCUGGACAGAAGCAAUCUCUCAAAUGCCUAUACUGCCGGAAUUGCAAAGGACCUCAAUCUGGUUGGCAAUCAGUACAACCAAGUCCUCACCUAUUACCAGAUUCCAUUCAUUGCCUUCGGUCCCAUCAUGACCAUGUGCACCAAGUGGUUCGGUGCUCGGUACAACAUGGCCGGCAUGCUUCUGGUCUUUGGAGCCGCUUCCUUUGCUACGGCCUGGACCAAGAAUUUCCAUCAGUUGAUUGCCUGUCGCGUCAUCGUUGGCGCAGGCGAGUCUGGCUUCCUGGCGUCAGUUGUCUUUUACCUGUCAACUUGGUACACCCGAAAGGAACUGAGCAGCCGAAUCGGCAUUUUCUACGCAGCUCUGGUGGGCUCGUCAGCCUUCGGAGGCCUCCUCGCAUACGGCAUGUUCCAGAUCAAAGGCGGCUCUUAUUACACAUGGUCCUACUUGUUCAUGCUCGAGGGUGGCCUCACGAUGCUAUGGGCUGUCGGUGUCUUUUUCCUUCUGCCAUCUGACAUCCAGAGCGCUUGGUUCCUCACUCCUGCGGAGAAGGAGAUGGCACAGCUUCGUCUCGAAGUGGAUUCGGUCAAGCAGCCAGAGGUUUCUACCAGUGUGGCGUGGAAGGAGUCGCUCUCUGAGUUCAAGACGCCUCACCCGUGGAUCAGGUUUGUGAUCGCCUUUGUUUGCGGCACCAUGUUAACGUCCAACGCAAACUUCCUGGCUAUGAUUGUGGCUCGACUUGGCUUUGGCACUGUCAAAACAAACCUGUACACUGUUGCGCCGGCACUUACUGGCGCCGUUUUCCUUGUUGCCUGGUGCAAAUCAUCAGACCGAUUUCAGGACCGAGGCUUCCACGCUGCGGCUGCAGCUGUUGUCAGCUUGAUCGGCUACAUCAUACUGGCAUCUAUCAACACUAGUAACACGGCUGUGCUCUACUUUGCCAUGUUUCUUUGCACUAUUGGUGCCUACCCCACAACUCCGAUUGGCUCAGCCUGGCUGGUUUCGAACUUGCCAAACCUCAAUUCUCGAGCGCUGCUGAGUGGACUGUACAUUGCCAUCGCGAACUGCUCCGGGCUGUUGACGAGCAACAUCUAUAUUACGCAUGAGGCUCCCAGGUACAUCACUGCGAUCAGCGUCAAUAUCGGGAUGUGUGCAGCGGCCAUCGUAAUCUGCACUAGUUACUCAACUUGGAUGCGCUGGGAGAAUCGCAAGCGUAACAGGCUCCAAGGUGACAGCGUCGUUGCUGGAGCCGAUCCGGCUGUGGCUGUCCUCAGCACCGAGGACCCUCGGUUCAGGUUUAAUCCUUGA